AUGGGAGAUCAAACAGAUAAAAGAAAUAAAAGACAGAAAACGUCUUCGUACAGUGGCUAUCGUGUUGGAGAAAGUGAUGAAGUUGAGGAGGUGAAUUCGAGUAUUAAAUCCAAGAAAUUUUUCGAAAGCUUUGUAUUGCGAAGAAAGCCAGUUAAGAUUAAGCCAGAUGGGUCUGGCUUUAUUGACCUUAAAAAUCUUAGCAUUGAUAACAUUGAAAAGUAUUUGGACUAUCAAUAUUAUCUUCAAGUUGAAAAAAAAUUCGAACACGGAUUUGGAUCGGGCUUAUCAAGAGAAAAAAUGACAUUAAAAAAUCUAAUGGAAAGGCUCCGCCAAGGUGAUGACAGCUUUUACUUGACUACACAAUACAAUGAAAACGAAAAUGAAGAAAUAUCUGAUGAUGAAAACGACAAUGAAAAUGGUGCGUAUGGGGAUAAAGCUGUCGAGGGAGUCAAUAAAAACAAUUUUGAAAAUUUUAGUGACACUUCAUCUAUGGGCUCAAUUGAUUUCGAUGAUUUGCGAGACGACUAUGAAGAUGAGGAGGAGGAUGGGAAUGAAGAUAUUGUGGAUCCUAUUCUUAGCAAAGAAUGCGACCUAACUGAGUUCGAAGCAAAGAAUCGUAUAAGAGAGCUUUUGCAGCCUCCAUUGACAAAUGCAUUCAACAAAGUAACCGUUAAACCGCCAUUAUUAAAGAAUCUCGUGCCACAGCAAAUCAACUUGUGGAUGGGGUAUUCUAAGAAAGGCUCUACUCCACAAUUAAAUAGCUCGGAUAUCGAUUUAUGUAGGAUGGUACCAGGUGAUGGAACUUCAUCAGGAUUACAUCAUGAUCAUGCAGACAAUCUUUAUAUUCUUGUGUCUGGUGUGAAAAGAUUCACUUUAUAUUCGCCCUCAGAUGCAGAGAAGCUCUUCACUGUUGGAAACAUCUCGAAGGUAUUUUCUAAUGGGACAAUAGACUAUGAAGAUGACAACCUGUCAGGUUGGAGGCAUAUACGUGAAGAUGGCGCUAUAUUAUCCGAAGUUGCUAAGUGGAAACUCAAGAAUGACAACCUGUUAUCUAAUGACACAAGAAAAGCUUUGCAAGAGGUUAUUUCUGACGAAGAAGAUCUUAAGCAUGGUGAUAAUAGAGAACCCCCAAGCUUCUCUAAAAUUCCACCUGCCUUACUUCAUAUCGAGGAUUUUGAAGAUGCAGCCUUAAGAGACAAGCUUACGAAAUUUUCGAUGAAGAAUUUCCCUGGUCUUUUAGAACUAAACAAGCUCACAGUAUGGUUACACCCAGGAGAUAUGCUUUAUUUGCCUGCUGGUUGGUUUCACGAAGUCUCAAGCUACGGCUCCCAUAUAGAUGACCUGUCCAUCCACGUGGCUCUAAAUUACUGGUUUUCACCCCCAGACUCGGAUUCAUAUGAAGCACCUUAUAGAGAUUCUUAUUGGAACGAAGAUUGGAAGAAGACUGAAGAAAGUGUCAGGCUCGCUCGCGAAGGAAUUAUAGAUGCGGACUAA